GGAGGAGAUGGACGUAGAGGAGAAGGAUGUGAACGGUUCGAGCUGUUUGCGGAAUGAGAGCGACUGCGGGCUGAGCGCUACCUCGGCUGGAGUGUCCACUGCGCUGGCCAGCGUGCUGAUCUUCACCAUCGUGGUAGACAUCCUGGGAAACGUCCUCGUCAUCCUGUCCGUGUACAGGAACAAAAAGCUACGGAACCCAGGCAACAUCUUUGUGGUGAGUUUGUCUGUGGCAGACCUGGUGGUGGCGCUGUACCCCUACCCACUGGUCCUGACAGCCAUCUUUCACAAUGACUGGACUAUGGGUGACCUGCACUGCCAGGUCAGCGGCUUCAUCAUGGGCCUCAGUGUUAUCGGCUCCAUUUUCAACAUCACGGCUAUCGCCAUCAAUCGCUACUGCUACAUCUGUCACAGUUUCCACUACGAUCGUCUGUACAGCCUGAGGAACACGCUCUGCUACCUGGGUCUUACUUGGCUACUCACCGCCAUCGCCACUAUUCCCAACUUCUUCGUCGGUUCACUGCAGUACGACCCUCGCAUCUACUCCUGCACCUUUGCUCAGACCGUCAGCUCGUACUAUACUAUCUCAGUGGUGAUUAUUCAUUUUCUGAUCCCUCUGCUGGUGGUGUCCUACUGCUACAUGAGGAUAUGGGUGCUCGUCAUUCAGGUGAAACACCGAGUUAAACCGGAGCAAAGGACCAAACUGAAACCUAGUGAUGUGAGGAACUUCCUGACUAUGUUUAUGGUGUUUGUCUUGUUUGCCGUGUGCUGGGCCCCCCUGAACCUCAUAGGCCUGGCUGUGGCCAUAAAUCCUCCGAAGGUUGCACCCAACAUACCCGAGUGGCUUUUUGUCACAAGCUACUUUAUGGCGUACUUCAACAGCUGCCUCAAUGCCAUCAUAUAUGGACUGCUCAACCAAAAUUUCCGCAAAGAGUACAAGACCAUUCUCCUCGCUCUUUGCGUUCCUCGUUUGCUCCUCGCGGAAACUUCAAGAUGUGCCACAGAGGGACUGAAGAGCAAGCCUUCACCAGCCAUAACAAACAAUAAUGUGGCGGAGAUAGAUGUAUGAACUUUUACCGGGAACGUGGAUGUGUCCUGUGAUUCACAGAGUGCCUUUUCAGGAUCUGUUUCUUUUUCAUGUUGUAAAGAUGCAUUUGUGUUUGGUGAGGACACCGCUGCCAUCAUAUUCCUUCCAGCUUACUGGAUACUUUGCACUCCUGUUGAGAACAAACAUCGAUUGUAUAAUUAUAAGUAUUUUGUCUUCAAUAGUGAGUUUUAAGACAGAUUAACAAACUGGGGGGG